GGGGCGUCGUCCAUCUUUUUUUACAGUCUAUGGUCCGGACGCUGGCCCGCCGCCAGACGGGCCGUCUUCCAGGCACUCUUCCUCUGACCUUCUUCCAGGUGGCCCGCCAUGGGUUCAAAGCUCAGUUACAUAUUAGCAUUAGCAUAACAUUAGCAUUCUGAUACUCAUGUCAUGGCACUAUAUGCCCAUUGUUUACAUUCCUAACUAAUGAAUACAUUCAUUAAUUAAUAAAUAUAAGAGAACAAGUAGACUUUCAAAUUAAAGUUUUACUGUAAUGCACAUCUUACUUGACAUGUAUUGAAUGUAUAUCAAAUAACCUUCACUGCAGUGUUCAGAAGGAGGACAUUUUUAACAAUAAAAUAAUAACAGUAAAAAUAUAAAACAUUCCUGUUCUUGUGUCUGAGUAAACAACAAUUUUGCAGCAGAAAAGUUUUUAAAAAAUAGCAACUAAAAUCAUAGAUUUAAGAGAAUUUCUUAUGACCUCCGAGUUGCACCGUUCAUAGACUUCCUGUAUCUUACUAUUAUUUUCAACUUUUUUCAUGACCUCACACAAGAAUUCAGUGUUUAAGUGUUUGUGCAAUCUCAUUUUUAAUGGUAGUUACACAGUGUCUGAUUUUGUGAGGGUGAUUUGAGGUUUCUUUCCUUUAAAAACGAGGGAAAAUUAAUUCACCCAUUGUGAUAAAACCUGAAAAUCGAGUUUGCAUCUGUAUAGUCAUGCUUUACCUUUGACAUAAUUGCACUGCUUUUCACCUUUACACGCCUAAACAGACCUUUUGUGACAUGUCAUUAAUGGAAAAAAGAUUAGGGAGAGGCAUUCUCCAUUUCAGUUGUCUGUUCUGUAAUUUAGUUCAGUUGGAUCACAAUCAUAGUAGAAGAGAGAUUUGAGAUAGUCAAUCAUUUAUUUGCUAGACACCCAGUCUUUCGCAGCAUGUUUAUUUGCAAUGAGUUAACUUUGAUCCACCCUUGGCUGACUUUAGAAGGCACACCAAGAGAAAAGGGUUUGUUCCCUGCUCUCUCUCUCUCUCUCUCUCUCUCUCUCUCACUGUGUCUCCUCCCUCUUCCUCAUGUUCUUCAUAAACACACCGACUGUGCGACUCUUGGAAACAGUCUCUCACAGUGAGGAGUAAUCUGACGAUUUAGACAUGAUCUCUGUGGGUCUGGCUCUGAUUCUGGGCUUGAUCAUUCUGGUUAUUUUUGAAAUAAUCAGGAUUAUUUCUUCCAAAGCUAAAACUCCACCUGGACCCAGACCUCUGCCUUUUGUGGGGUCCUUACCAUAUUUUAUUAUGGAUCCAAUGGGAUCAAUCAAAUCACUGUCUCAGUAUGGAGAGAUGACCACUGUGUAUGUUGGAAGGAAGCCAGCAAUAGUCCUAAAUACAAUCCAAGUCACCAAGGAAGCCCUAGUCCAGGAAGGAUCAUCUUUUUCUGGAAGACCAGCCUUACCGAUUAUAGAUUGGAUAACUAAUGGACUUGGUAUAAUAAUGGUCACAUUUGGUCACUCCUGGAGGCAGCAAAGGCGAUUUGCUCUCCACACGCUGAGGAAUUUUGGCCUGGGGAAGAAAUCGGUGGAAGAACGUGUUUUAGAGGAAGGCCGGUACCUGAUCGCUGAAAUGCUCAAAGCAGAAGGCAAGCCAACCAAUCCUCAACAUGCCAUACACAAUGCAGUUUCCAACAUUAUCUGUUCUAUUGUCUUUGGAGAUCGCUUCGAAUAUGAUAAUAAGCGCUUUGAAUACCUUCUGAAUAUCCUGAAUGAAAACUUCAUGCUCGCAGGGUCAUCUGUGGGACAGAUUUUCAACUUGGUCCCCUUCAUCAAGCACUUCCCUGGACCACACCAGAAGGUCCUUCGGAAUGCCACUGAGUUAUUGGGUUUUAUCCGGGAAGAAGUCAAAGAACACAGAGAAACUUUGGACCCAGACAACCCACGAGACUUCCUUGAUGCCUACCUGCUGGAGAUAGAGAAACACAAGUCCAAUGAGGACUCCACGUUUCAUGAGGAGAACAUGCUGAUGUCAACAGCUGACCUGUUUUUGGCUGGAACCGACACCACUUCGACCACCAUCAGAUGGGGACUCAUCUUCUUGAUGGAAAACAAAGACAUACAAGAGCGAUGUCAUGAAGAAAUCAUUCGGGUGCUGGGUUUCGACCGCCUGCCCAGCAUGGAUGAUCGCGACAAACUGCCGUACACGAACGCAACUGUUCACGAGAUUCAGCGCUGUGCCAAUAUUGUACCCCUUGGCGUGAUUCACCAAACGACUCAGCCCACAAAACUACAAGGAUACGACAUUCCCAAGGGAACGAUGGUCACGACAAACUUAACGGCAAUUAUGACUGAUAAAGAGCACUGGAAGCAUCCGGACACCUUUAACCCAGAUAAUUUCUUAGAUGAAAAUGGACAUUUCUGCAAACCAGAGUCUUUCAUCGCCUUCUCCCUGGGUCCAAGGGUGUGUCUUGGCGAGACCCUGGCGAGGACGGAGCUCUUCCUUUUUAUCACAUCUCUGCUACAGCAAAUCCGUUUUUCUUGGCCGCCCAAGGCAGAGCACAUAAACAUGGAUGGCAUCAUUGGCCUAGUCCGUUAUCCUCAUCCAUUCAACAUCGUUUGCCACAGCAGGGGUGCCAAAGAUUGAUAAUCUGGCCCAAUAUGCAUUGACAGGUUAAAAAUGGACAGUCUUGCCAUACAAAUUCAAGAAUAGUUCAGGAAGCUUGGUGACGAAUCAAUCAAAUAAUCAAUUACAGUUUUAUAACAUCGACAUCAGUCGAUGCGAAUGUUGAAGGUCCUUAAAGUGCCAUUUUAUGAUUUAGGCAGAGCCAUGUAUUAACUAUGUAAGAAUUCAAAGACCUUUUGACCACUGAAUUGUCAAGCCGUAUCCAGUCAUUUGUGAUUUUAUAAUGAUUUUAAAAUCACUUCACAGAGAUUGCAUACAUAAGCAGCACUUUCUAGGCAAUGAGAUAUUUUAGAGCCAAGUGUAACUAGAUUGUAACAAUUGGACCUGGAAAUCCCAAUUGUAAUAUUCGCUGAUGUAUACCCCAUUUAAAACUGUACUAUGUUGGGAGAUUGUCACUUGCCAUUUUGCAGUAAUUGUGAUUUUUUUUAUUUUAUUGUUAUUAUUAUUAUUUAUUAAUUUAAAAUUGUUUUUAAAAAUGUGUAAUAAAAUGAUAUUUACAA